AUGGCUGCAAACGAAGGCUCUCUCCUCGUCCUCGUCAGGCACGGUGCGUCCCUCGCCGCCCGCGAGUCUGAGUGGAACAAGCUCAACCUCUUCACUGGCUGGAAGAACCCAGCCCUGACAGAGAAGGGCCGCGCCGAAGCCCUCGAGGGCGGCAAGAACCUCAAGGCCGCCGGCUACACCCACUUUGACGUCGCGUUCACGUCGGUCCUCCAGCGCGCCAACGACACCCUCGCUAUCAUCCUCAAGGAGAUCGGUCAGGAGGGUCUCGAGACGCACAAGGACCAGGCGCUGAAUGAGCGCGAUUAUGGAGAGCUGACGGGCCUCAACAAGGACGAUGCCCGCAAGAAGUGGGGUGAGGAGCAGGUCCACAUCUGGCGCCGCUCGUACGACGUCCCUCCCCCGGGCGGCGAGUCGCUCGAGUUGACGCUCAAGCGCGUCCUCCCCUACUACGAGAAGGAGAUUGCUCCCCGCGUCGAGAAGGGCGAGAAGGUCCUCAUCGCCGCGCACGGAAACUCGUUGCGCUCCAUCAUCAAGCACCUCGAGGGCCUUUCGGGAGAGGAGAUCGUCAACACUGAGCUUGCGACCGGCGUUCCCAUCGUCUACAAGCUCGACAAGAGCGGCAAGAUCCUCUCGAAGAACAUCCUCAACCACGAGUCCAAGUAG